CCUUCCCACACCUGGCGGCCCGCUCUCAUCCCCCCCCGCCCCGCCAUCGCUGGCCGUGAGGCGACGCCGGGCCUGGGGCGCCGGGCCGCGGGUUGCCGGACGGCGGGGCGGGAAGUCGGGCCGGGCGGAGGCAGAGCCGCAGCCGCAUCCUCCCUCCGUGCGGCGGCUGCGGGGGGCCCUGAGGCGAGCAGGCUCCUGUGGCAGCCCGGAGAGGUGGGGCUUGCUCCUCUACAGGGUUCUGUGGAGCUCCUUGUUUUUUCAUUGAGAUCUCCCUUCCGUCACAAAGGAAGUCUUUACGUCUCUAUAUGUAUAUUUUUCACACCUCCAGCUGAAACCCGUUUUGGGCAGCAUCUGUCGGCAGGAAAACUUUUGGAGAAAGCAACCAGGAACACGAUGUGGACCUUUCUGGGUAUCGCCUCCUUCAUCUACGUGUAUAAAAAGUGCGGAGACCUCAUGACUUACGCUAACAAGGAGGUGCUACUCUCCGUGUUAGUGUUUUUCUCCCUUGGCUUGCUGCUAUCGUACAGGUACCACUUCAGGGGGCCCAAGCAGCAGCAGCAGCGGAAGACCCACCCGGGGAUGCUCUCUGAUGUUCUCUCAACUUUACCGCUUGUUGGCUUCUUCUGGGCAAAACCCACCCCAGGAUCUCAGCAAGUUGAACAACCCAAAUCCAGAAAGGGUAAAAGAGAAGUAAACUUCCCAGAUGUAUAUCUGACAGAGACUGCUCCAAAUACAACGUUAUCGCCCCAAUAUGAUCCAGAAAUUAUCAUUGUGGGAUCAGGUGUCCUUGGUUCUUCCUUGGCCACAGUGCUCUCGAGGGAUGGAAGAAAGGUGACUGUGAUAGAGAGGGAUCUGAAAGAACCUGACAGGAUAGUUGGAGAAUUGUUGCAACCUGGAGGUUUUAAUGCACUUAGAGACCUGGGUCUUGAAGAUACAGUAGAAGGUAUUGAUUCACAAAUAGUAAAUGGUUACAUAGUUCAUGACAUAGAAAGCAAGUCAGAGGUUGAAAUUCCUUAUCCAACAUCUGAGGAUGGCCGCGUCGCGAGUGGAAGAUCUUUUCAUCAUGGCCAGUUCAUUAUGGGUCUCCGAAGGGCAGCUAUGGCAGAGUCCAAUGCAAAAUUCAUUGAGGGAACUGUGUUACAAUUGCUUGAGGAAGAUGACUGCGUCGUGGGUGUUCAAUACAAGGACAAAGAAACUGGAGAUACUAAGGAACUUCACGCACCACUUACUGUUGUAGCUGAUGGACUUUUCUCCAAGUUUAGAAAAAACUUGGUCUUCAACAAAGUUACUGUUUCAUCCCAUUUUGUUGGUUGCAUUUUGAAGGAUGCACCACAAUUUAAAGCUAAUUAUGCUGAACUUGUUUUAGCUAAAACUAGUCCAGUGCUAAUCUAUCAGAUUUCUUCAACUGAGACUCGGGUCCUUGUUGACAUUCGAGGGGAAAUGCCAAAAAAUUUAAAAGAAUACAUGAUUGAGAACAUUCAUCCGCAACUACCUGAUCACUUAAAGGAACCAUUCUUAAUAGCGGUUCAGAAUGAUCGUUUAAGGACCAUGCCAGCCAGCUUCUUGCCUCCUUCAGCUGUUAACAAAAAAGGUGUUCUUCUUUUAGGAGAUGCAUAUAAUAUAAGACACCCUCUAACUGGUGGAGGAAUGAGUGUAAUUUUAAAUGAUGUUAAAAUAUGGAGAUGUUUGCUCCAGGAUAUCCCAGACCUUUAUGAAGAUUCUGACAUUCUUAAGGCAAAAAGAACAUUUUACUGGUCAAGAAGAAAAUCUCAUUCUUUUGUAGUGAAUGUUCUUGCCCAGGCACUUUAUGAACUCUUUGCUGCUACAGAUGAUUCCUUGCAUCAGCUAAAGAAAGCCUGUUUCCAUUACUUCAGACUUGGUGGGGAAUGUGUCUCGGGUCCUGUUGGAUUGCUGUCUGUGUUAUCUCCUAAACCAAUGGUACUGAUUGGCCACUUCUUUGCGGUGGCAUUAUACGCUGUUUAUUUUUGCUUUAAGUCAGAGUCCUGGAUCACCAUGCCUCGAGCGUUUUUCAGUAGUGGAGCUAUUCUUUACCGGAGUUGUUCUAUAAUAUUUCCACUUAUUUACUCUGAAAUGAAGUGUUUAGUCUAUUAGAACCCAGGGGGAAAUGACUGGAGGAAGAAAACAUGAAAAUCACGAUGCCUUCAAAAUCUUUGGACAUGCACUAUUUAAUAUUGGAUUAUGUUUUCUUCUCUUCAAAAUGUGAUUUCCUUGAUAAGGAUUUGACUUAAUUUUGGUUUUGUGCUUGUAUACAUAUAUAUUAUAUGUAAAUAUUCUUUUCUUUGCAAUUAAAGUUCAAAAAGGAGUUAGCUGUUUACAAGGACCAUAAUUAAGUGUUGACAUGUGGUAGAUAAUUGCCAGUUUUGUCAGAAUUUCAUUCCUUGCUUUAUCCAUUGCCGAGUGCACCACUAAUAUUAAUAAACUGAAAAGUGAAAAGUGUAAACAAUAUGCUGCUAUUAUCCUUCAUGCUUUUUUCUGUUCAGUAGUUCCAUAGACUGUUUCUUUAUUACUGUGAAAUAUUGUAACAUUCUUGAUUUGGGUUACUUCAUCAGGAUUUGCCUCGGUUCUUUUUCAGUUGCAGCAAAGAUUCUCGUCUACUGACACUUAAAAGGACACUGUAAAGGAUUUCAGAUCUUGAAGUGUCACUGUAUACAGCUUCAGCCACUUCCAUUGCAAAUGCCAUGUUGCUCUUCUGAAAUCAUUCUUUACACCAGAAUUAAUUUAAACAAGUAAGAAUCAAACCCCAAUUAUGUUGGCCACUGUACUGUACUCAGGUACCGAAAGCACAUGUUUUCGAAACUUUCUUCCUAUCUCUCUUCCUUUUAAAAGCUUAGGGGGGUUCUUUUGCUUGACUUGGUGCGUGUGCAAUUGAAGUUUAACACUGCCAUGAACUGAAGCACAGCAGCAAACCACAUUCAUUGAGACAAAUUCCGUCCAGGCAAUUUCCAGUAGACAGUAAAGUAAUCUUUAAUACUACUCCUUAGAAUUCACGACAAGUGCCACGAAAGUGUCCUUUUAAUACUUGGAGUAUGGUUUGUUUCCUGUAGAAAUUACUGCAUGCUACUGAAGAGUUCAUGUCUCUUACUGCUGGUCACUAUUCCUCUCAAUGUUAUCUUUACCAACUUGCUUUCCUUUUUUCUUGCAUAUUUUCAUUUUUCCUUACCUUUCUUACGAUUGCUUUGUGCAUUGCUGUAUGGCUCUCCUCUUUUGGCUUGCCUAAACAAUCACGCAUCAGCGCGGCCAACAGGUUAUAGAGCAGUAACGGAGCACGUUUUUCUGUACUGACGAAACUUUGACUAUAUCUUGAAAAUGACAGAUUGCAGAAGCUGUAUAUAAACAUACACUUUAUGUUGAACUGUGAAAAAAUCUGAGGAGAGGCGGUUUUAGUAUUUUCUUUUCCAGAAGCAAAAGUAUGUAUAUUUUUCUAACCAUGUCACUUUUGAUACCCUCUUGAAAUUACAUGCAUCAUAAAUAUGUCUAUGUUUAGCCUUUAGGGUGAAGUACUAAUGUUUUCAAAUAUACGGUAACUAAAUUAUGCCCCUUUAAGGGUAUACAAAGUUUGCAGAAUUUAUACAAAUGUUUUCAAAAUUUGUGGCAAUUUUGAAAAUAUUGAUUAAUUUUACAUUUUCUAUUUUUUUUAUAUUAUUUGCAGUCAGUCUCUUUAAAGUCAAGGAUAAACAAUCCUGAGCCAAAUACACAUCCUCAGCUAACUUAAAUAAAAAGUUGUGAUACUUGUAGAUUAUUUUUUUUUUUUUGUUGUGUAUCUCUGGUUAAUAAGUUUUGUUAAGUCCUGAUUUAACAGGAAAUACCAGUGUGCUUAAAUUUACAUAUGUGUUUAAGCUUUUCUUUUUUUCUCUUUUCUUUUCUUUUCUUGAACCCCGUGCCUGGUUCAGUGUCUUGACGAUGGGGGUAAGGAUCACUUGUUGGAAAUUACCUUGGGGGAGAGAAAAAUCUUGCAUGUAUGUGUAAGGAAGAGCAACCUGAAAAUAUGACAGAUGAAAUGGUUACAUGCCUUGUCAGGACAAGAUGAAGGAGAGAACAAGAAGGGUAAAGUUGGCAGUGAGCGGGCAAUGUCUAUAGGUAAAAUGGCCACUAACGUUGCUAUCCAAAGCAAGCAGCAGACAGUCUGUAAGAGCCCUGGUUUUCACUUUUGACAUCUGCAUGCAGCAAAGGGAAGCGAUAUGCCAGGAAAGAUGUGUCACAGGCAUGAUUCAGAAUCUGAGAGGAACAAAAUGCACACAUAGACAAGUCACGAGUUGUACCCAAUAUAUACCUGCAAACUGAAGAGGUUAGUUCUGUGGAUUUUCAGCCUGCAGAAUUUAAUACCGUCCUGUACGGUAUUAAAAAAGCAGUGUGCUUUGGUAAGUGUUGUGGGCACGUGCGACACGCAUCGUGUGUAUGGGGUUAUUCCCGGAUUCCCGGACCAGUGACAGCUGCAGCUAACCCAGAGAGCAGAAGGAACAAGAGAAGCAGCAAUACCUGGUGAUGAGGUUGUAGCUCGUGAGGUGGUGCAGGACUGUGAGAACCUCCUAGCGGUGGGGAGGAAAGAGGAAACUGUAGCUGCCUUCUCUGCUGGUCUGGGGGCUCGUUCAUAGGUGGGGAGUUGGUUCAUGCGUGCAAGUGUCACAUUACUUGGAGCUUGUUUGAGAAAUUUGUAUCAUGUAGCUUAAGUGUUCUUGGUCUUCUGUUUUUGGGGGUUUGUUUUGUUUUGAACAAGCCCUUUCCUGGAAAAUAUAUGGGGCAAUGAGAGGGGUUUUUAUUACAACUUUAAAAAGUCUGCUAGUGCAGGCAUGUGGUGUUGGAUUCCACGUGAGAAGUCUGUGCCCAUGCUUAAUGCCUUCCCUAGCUCCAGCGCAAGCAAGUAAAAGGCAGAGUGGUGGUAGUUUUCCUCCGAGCUUCACUUUAAUCACCUGGAACAAAGAAAGCAUUUGAUUAGUCCAGGAUCAGCUGAUGGAUUCUGUGAUUUAUGACCUGACUGUGCUUCUGAGACAGCGGUAGUAUAACGUGAUGUUAAAAAUCUCAAGCAUAAUUACAGUGCCUCUCUGGAGAAGCGCAUGAAUAGAGGCUUAAAUUCUGCAACUGAAGAAAAGAGGAGUGCAUCAUUUUCUGUAGAUUUAAAUGAUUUGUUAAUGAUGUCUGAAUAGCACUUGGAAGACUUUAUACUUAAAACUAUCACGUUGAUAUCUGCAGGACACUCAGGGGGAAAAACCAACCAUUGAUAACAAGGACCGCAUGCUAUUCCUCACCUGCAUUGUCCCAGCUCUGUUUCAGUUGAACAAUGGUUUCAUUUUGAAGAACCGCGCUUGAGUUUGGUUGUAAUCAAGCUGUCCCGAAGUCCGCGCAACAUCAGCGCUGCUACUAGGGUUUCCAAACAUCUGUGGAGAUCUGGAAAAAAGGGGAUGAU